AAAGAGACGCGCCGAACACACGGCACCAACUUUCUCCGUUGAAGAAUCAGCGAAAUGAGGCACAGCGCCAACCCGGCACAAUGCGCUCCAGGCUCCCAAGGACCGCCUGCUUAUUCCGAACUGUUGCGCUCUGCAUCCUCCUCUCUCACGCUGCAGCUUACUUUGGGCUGACAGGUCGGGAGCCUUUGGUGUUUUUACCAGGUCCGUUUUCCAAUGAAUCUCCAAGCGGGAAGGCCCACCUGAAGCAGUGCGAGCAGAUGAGUCUGAGCCGGCGGCAGAAGCGCAUGUGCCGCCGGGAGCCGGGUCUGGCAGAGACGCUCCGGGAGUCGGUGCGCCUCAGCCUGCUGGAGUGUCGCUACCAGUUCCGGAGCGAGCGCUGGAACUGCAGCCUGGAUGGUCGGGGAAGCCUCCUGAAAAGAGCGUUCAAGGAGACCGCCUUCCUGCUGGCCGUGUCCUCUGCAGCGCUGACCCAUGCCCUCGCCAAAGCGUGCAGCUCGGGCCGGAUGGAGAGGUGCACGUGCGACGACUCCCCCGGCAUCCAGCACCGAGAAGCGUGGCAGUGGGGGGUCUGCGGUGACAACCUGAAAUACAGCACCAAGUUUCUCAAGAAGUUCCUCGGUCAAAAAAGGGUCAGCAAAGACCUCAGGGCUCAGAUGGACGCCCACAACAUCAACGUUGGAAUUCGGGCAGUAAAGAGUGGACUGAAAACGACCUGCAAGUGCCACGGGGUCUCCGGCUCCUGUGCCGUGCGGACUUGCUGGAAGCAGCUGUCGCCUUUCCACGACACGGGGCGGCUGCUCAAGUACCGAUACGACAACGCCAUGAGGGUGCUGAGCGUCACCAACGUGGCCACGGGGGAGACGGAGCUCGCCGGCCCUCGUCGCCACGGCCAGAGCCUCCGCAACACGGACCUGGUCUACCUGGAGGACUCGCCAAGCUUCUGCAGGCCGUCCCGUUACUCGCCCGGCACGGGGGGCCGGUCCUGCACCAAAGACACGAGCUGUCAGAGUCUGUGCUGCGGCCGCGGCUACAACACGGCCCUGCGCCUCACCAGCCUCUCCUGCCACUGCCAGGUGCGCUGGUGCUGCCACGUGGAGUGUCAGACGUGCGUGAGGGAGGAGGAGGUGUACACCUGCAAAAAUGCAUAAACAAAAUAGAAAAUGGAAGACUUGAGGUAAAAAAAGGAAAGCAGUGAGAAAAUGUGACAAAGACUGAUGUUGAAUCACGUCAGAGCAGAUCCCGUUCGUGACUUGCAUGUUGUUGUGGGAGGAAAAUGUAACCCUAUCAUAUUACUGGAGACUUGCUAAUCAUCACUGGUUUGAUUUGCAGCAGCUGACUGGAGGUGCUG